GGGGUUUAGUUAAAGGGAGAAAUGUUGAGGUUUGUGGAUUUUGGGGGGGCGGCGUCUUCAAGAGGUUCCCGAUUUUUGUUUUUGUUUUGGAAUAAGAGAUUAAUUGCCUUUUUUUGAAGUAUGUAGGGAAGGUAUGGCCUUCCCACUGUUUAUUUGGGGAUUUUUGUAUUAAAGUGAAUGUUUCAGUGCCUUUAAAGUAUUUUUUUUAAAUCUUAACCAAAAUUUUGUGUUUCGUCCAUUCCCUUUUUUAUCCUUUUGUUACAAGGGCUGUAGUGUAUUAAUUUGUUUUACUUAGAAUUUGAUUAUUCUGUGUUAAAAAUGAGAAAUAAAUGUCAAAGUUGAGGUCAAGUUAUGGUAUUGUUUUAUAUGAAUUCAUUUUGUGUGUAUUCGUUUGAUAUAUUUUUUUAUUAGGGAAUGAGAUGCAACAGUUGAUUUUACUAGUGUUACUACUUACAACUCCGGAAAUAACAAGUUAUGUUCUUAUAAUUAAUAUAAGAGAGUAAUUUUAUGUAUUUUGUUAUUUAAUAUUUAUAUUUCUAAUUUAUUUAACUGAAUAUAUACCUUGUAACUGUUGGAAAUAGAGCCAUAAUUACUUAAAAGGGUCAGUGAAUCUAUGCAUAUGUAUCUAAUUUUGUCAAAUUUCUACCAUCUGCAUUAUGGUUAGCGGCUGUUGACCUUCCCGACAAUUUCUUGCCAAAUGAGAAAUGAGCAUAACGUACACCUUGCCAAUUGCCACAUUAUGUCAGUGUUGCACCUUUAUUCUGAGCAAUGACUGUAUAUACCAGUUCCCCAUUUAGGAACCACAAAUUUAAUAGCAUUUGCACUAUGAUACAAGAGUAAGCUGUGGUGAAUAAUUUAGAAACUAGAUUCAAUGUCAAAUUUGUUUCAGCUCUGAAAUUAAGAGAAUAUAAGCCAAGGCAUAUUUACUGACAUGAGCAUCAAUCUAGUAUCGAUAUAGAAGUUGACCAGUUUUAACAAUAAAUGAUUAAAUUUUAAAAGGUUUAUCUUUUUGAAACCUCUACUGGAGAAAAAGAAAACUCAAAAUCGUAUUGUAUAGAGCUGAUAAAUGCUAUUGAACAUUAUACACAAUGGACUGUAUUAAACCCCUUGUUAUUCAGCAGGCCAAGAUAGUGCUGAGGGAAAGCAUGUACAACAAGUGAACUCCAGGACCAGUUUAGUGAUCACAUUGAAUUAGGAACAUGUUGGGUGACACAGCCACAGCACGGUCGGAGAAGAGGCGCCAUGACGACCAGGCCGAGAAUCAGGAUGCCUCCCCUCCUAAAGCCAUAACGACACCCCAGAGAUCAAGGGGAAAACAUCCUGCUGUGGAGAAAGAAGAUAAUGAGAAAGCAAACACACCAAGAACCAGAAACCACACACCACUGCCAGAGAAAAAUGACAAGGCCCAAGGAAACGGCACGCCAACCCAAAGGAGCAGGAGCCCAGCAUCUCAAAAGAGAAGUGCUGCCUCUGCAAAUCUCACACCGAUAUCGAGAAACAAAAGUAAAAGCCGUUUAUCGGAGGAAGAGGACACCCCACACCUCCAACCCACACCCACACUGAGAAGCCGGGCCAAAGCACUUGCAUUUGAGAAGCAGGAAGGCAGUGCUUCACCAACGCCCAUGCCCAGGAGUAGAAGUAAGACUCCCUCAUCAACAGAGGGCGAAUUGGCAGCCAAAUCCACACCCAACACAAGGAGAAGGAGUAGAAGUCAGACUCCUGUUUCGUCACAGAAAGAAAGCAUCAGCACACCACGGAGAGCCAGAAGCACCGCGAGGGACGACAGCAAGACCCAGUCGAAGAUUCCUGUGCCAUCCUCCAGGAGCAUGAUUGUCCAGGCUUUAGAGAAUGAAAGACAAGCAAAAGCCAAGGAGAAGAGCAGCAGUAAAGAGGCAGAGAUGCUGGGGAAAGGCCUGGCAACCUCUUGUGAGGGUUCAGAGGAGGGAACAAAACUGACAGUAGAUGUUCUAAGGACGGCGCCGAAAGAGACGAGCCUGAGCACUUCAGGGUCCGCGGAUGAGACUGGGCAAGGGGCAUCGGAUCUCAGCGGGUCAUUGGAGAGCUCGGUUCCUGAGGUCAGGAAGGAGCUUCAGACAGAGAUGGACAAGGUCAAGAGAAGGAGAUCGACGUUGGGCCGAGGCAGGAAGUCGAUCCAGAGCAUGGGAGGGCGGAGGUCACUCUGUGCAGCAGUUCAAGUUCUGUCAUUGCAUGACCAAAUUGACAACAUUGCAAAGGCCCUGCCACACACCACAAAGGUGAGCCACCUGAUUGACAUUUGUGCGAGGGAGGCACUUCGUCGUUUGGAACAGAAGCUAGAGGGAGACGAGUGUGUUUCUGAUCUACGGUUGGACCUCAUAACCCAGUCAGAGGACAUUGCAGGGCAGGUGUCCUACAUGGUGGCUGGCCAGCCGUUAAUUGCUGAAGGUCCUUCCCCGUCCCCCCCGACAACAGAAGGCAACAAAGAGAAUCUUCACAAAAGAAUUGUGGCUUACAAGCAGAAAACAAAAGAGCUGGAAGAGGAAUACAAGGCCUGGAAAACCUUAAUGAAGCAAAGAAAGCAGACAUACCAAGCUGCUGAAAGGGAAUUCCGCGAGGCAAAGUCUGGUGAGACCAAGAUUGAGGAAGAUCAGAUCAAGCAGAUGACAAGCAUCCAUCGCAAUCUCCUAGCCAGCAGGCCCAAUUACCACAAUUAUAUACAGGAGCUGCAGACAGUGAGGGAGCGAGCAAUGCUGAUGCUGCAGGAGGUGAACCACACAGCCCAAGUCGUAGCCAACUUCAUCGGCACCUCCAAAGCCGAGGCAGAAAGUUGUUAUGCUGCUGUCGAGGAGCUGAGCUUUGGCUUUCUGAGGAAUCGUCCCGUGAAGAACAUGCUCAAGUCGAUGAUAGGACCAAGUGAAGUUGCCAUUUAGAAUGCAGACCACGAUGGCCUUCGUCUCCUUCUUCUCCUUUCCCUUUUUGUAUAUAUCAACUCUUGUCACUUAGGAAUUUACCAGUUAUUCGCAGAUGUAAAUGGAUAGGCUGAGAAUCAUAAUAGGCUUUUAAAAGAUAUAUAACAUUGUAUGCGCAUGUCUUUUAUCACGUGUUGUGUUUUGAUGCCAUGGUAUACCCAUACCUUUGUAGGAUUUAUAUAACGCCUUAUAUUUUCAUACUGUCUCCCCCCCCCCCCCCCCCUCUCUCUCUCUCUCUCUCUCUCUCUCUCUCUCUCUCUCUCUCUCUCUCUCUCUCUCUCUCUCUCUCUCUCUCUCUCUCUCUCUCUCUCUCUCUCUCUCUCUCUCUCCUAAAGUGUAAGGAAGCUUUUAAGUUUCUUUUGCUAGUGAAGGUUUUUCUUUGUUUAGUAAAACCUUGUGCUAAUUUCUAUGAAGCUUUCUAAAUAUUAACCUGUUCUUUCUCUGUAAAAAAUAAAUAGUCAUAUUAAAUUUUAUUAUAAUGGAAAUUAUGUUAUUACAUGUGCUUAUGUUCUCUCGUACAUUGGUUCUCUAUGCAUGUUUGAUUCAACUAGAAACUGGAUUUUUAGCAGAAUCAUAUAUAAACUAUAUCUGUAUAAUAUUAUUUUUGGUUUGAAAUUUUUGUCAUUUCCAUAUCAAAUUUAUGGAGUUGAAGCUGUAGAUAUACAAUUUUUUAAAACACGCA